CGAAAUACCAAGCCAGGCCAAGCUUAAUAUAUAUGUGGCUGUUAGACAUUAGCCAGAGCCGAAGUCCCGAAAGAAGCGGAUUGGCGAAACCCAAAAGCCAACUGCGUUUGCAAACAAAGCUUUCCCUACGCGUGUGUUAGGAGUUGGGCCAAAAGAACCAAAGCUUAAUCCAAAACAAUUGGGGAAGGAGAGCCAAAUGGCAGAGCGACUAUCACAGCUGACACAAAUAGUGAAAGUUCAGAGUUCUUCACCUUCACAGUCUCAGUCAUCAUCACUGAAGCGGCCGAUGGCUUCGUCUCUAGGCACCGCCGCCUCUUCUCGAAUCUUUGCUGCUUCCUCCUCCAAAGCUCGACUGUAUCUCCGUUCCUCCUAUUCUUCUUCUCCCUCUCUCAUUUCUUUCUCUUCUUCUAAAUCCCUCGCUCUCUGUCCUCGUUUCUGUCGCCACCAGAGGACGUCGGCAGUUAAUGUGUCGAGCAGCGGAAGAUUCAGCACGGGAGCAAGUCCGAAAUGCGCUGCUUCGGAUCCUGAUCAGUUGAAGAGUGCUAGGGAAGAUAUCAAGGAGCUUCUCAAAUCUAAGUUUUGCCAUCCUAUUCUGGUUCGUCUAGGAUGGCACGAUGCUGGUACCUACAACAAGAACAUUGAGGAAUGGCCUCAAAGGGGUGGAGCGAAUGGAAGUCUUAGGUUUGAAGUUGAGCUGAAACAUGCAGCCAAUGCUGGUCUUGUGAACGCGUUGAAGCUUAUUCAGCCUAUCAAGGACAAGUACUCUGGUGUAACAUAUGCAGAUUUGUUCCAGUUGGCUAGUGCUACUGCUAUUGAGGAGGCUGGGGGACCCAAAAUUCCUAUGAAAUAUGGUAGGGUGGAUGUCUCUGGUCCUAAUGAGUGUCCUGAAGAGGGCAGGCUACCUGAUGCUGGACCCCCUUCACCUGCUGAUCAUCUACGAGAGGUUUUCUACCGAAUGGGAUUGAAUGACAAGGAAAUAGUUGCAUUAUCUGGUGCACACACACUUGGGAGGUCCAGACCAGAGCGUAGUGGUUGGGGCAAACCGGAAACCAAGUAUACGAAAGAUGGGCCAGGAGCACCAGGAGGACAUUCCUGGACUGUGCAAUGGUUGAAGUUUGACAAUUCAUACUUCAAGGACAUCAAAGCGAAAAAGGAUGAAGAUCUGCUCGUGUUGCCAACUGAUGCUGCCCUUUUUGAAGAUCCCCCUUUCAAGGUGUAUGCUGAGAAAUAUGCUGAAGAUCAGGAGACAUUCUUCAAGGAUUAUGCAGAAGCCCAUGCCAAACUUAGCAACCUUGGGGCCAAAUUUGAUCCUCCAGAGGGUAUUGUGUUAGAUGCUGGUCCCACACAAGCUGCACCGGAAAAGUUUGUGGCUGCCAAGUACUCGACAGGAAAGGAUUAACAAAAAAAAAACAAGUUUCUUGUUUUGUUGUGCCGUGUCUUGUAAUAAUACAAGCUCACAUGUUAAACAUGGAAGUCUAAAUGAAGGGGAAAGAAUAAAAUUCAAUUGAGUGUUUUGAAUUACUGCAGAGAGAGCUGUCAGAAGCUAUGAAGCAGAAGAUUCGAGCAGAAUAUGAGGGACUUGGUGGAAGCCCGGAUAAGCCUCUACCAACCAACUAUUUUCUAAACAUCAUGAUUAUUAUUGGUAUUUUGGCCUUGUUGACAUCUCUUAUGGGUAAUUAUUAAUUAUGUGUUUGAGCUCUCUCACUAGUAAAGGAGUAUACUAGUAGUAUUUUCCUCUUUGCUCUUAUGCCUAAUACUAAUGGUUGUGAAUUGAAUCAGACCAUGAGAGUGAGUAUAUGGUUUCUCAUGCUGCAUCAGCUCUUUGAUCAAUGUUUAAAUCCUCAAAUUUUGCA